AUGAAAAUUGCGAGGCUCAUCUGGGCAGUGUUGGGCCAUGGUGCAGCUGCCUUUCAGAUAGCCGGAUGUGGCAGACAAAGAGCGGCCAGUGGCGGCGAGGGCUGUGCUGCCCGUGGCCUGCUGCCGCACUUUCCUUUCCGGGCGGCGAGCGCGUCCCACGUGCUCCUAUGGGCCCAUCCUGGUGCACAGACGACUCAUCCCACCCCGACGGUGAGAAGUUUUGCGACAUGCGAAUUUUCGGCGCGACCAAUCUUGCCAUUCUACAGCCAUGUCGGCACCCCCAGCGACGGCGGCCACAGCGCCCAGCUCUCCGAGAGCCUGCAGCGUCUCCAGCUGAGGCAGGACACAGACGACGCCGAUCCACACCACGACGCCGAGUCCUCGACACGAGGCGAGCAAGGCGAGCACAGCGACCAAGUCCCGCCUCUGCCGUCGCCUGGCCUGGGGAGAUCCGCGUGGAGCCCGCAUGUGCGGGAAGGCUAUGGCUUCAGACCUGCUUCAGGUCAUUCCACGCCCCUGCUAGCCUCGACGUCCGCAGUGGGACGGGACAGCCCACUGCCCGACCCAAAUGGCUUGGGAUGGCCUGUCGACGUUGGCUCGAUUAACCGCCUCGCCGGCCGAGAAGGCUCAACGAGAAGAGAAACUUGCCGGGGCGUCCGCACCAUUCUCGAAUGCAUCGGCGAGGAUCCCGACAGGGAAGGGCUGUUGAAGACACCAGAGCGGUAUGCCCAGGCGCUCAUGUGGAUGACCCGUGGGUACGAAGAACGCCUCGCAGAUGUCAUCCACGAUGCUGUGUUCGCUGAAGAUCACGAAGAGAUGGUCAUUGUUCGGGACAUUGACAUCGCGAGCUUAUGCGAGCACCAUCUGGUUCCAUUCAUGGGGAAGAUCGCAAUAGCGUAUAUCCCCAACAAUCUUGUUCUUGGCUUGUCGAAGCUGGCGCGGAUCGCUGAGACCUUCGCCCGACGUCUGCAGGUCCAGGAACGCCUCACCAAGCAGAUUGCACUUGCUGUCCAGGAAGCAAUCAAGCCUCGUGGUGUCGCCGUCGUAAUGGAAGCGACGCACCUUUGCAUGACUAUGCGCGGUGUGCAGAAACCAGGGUCCAUGACUGUCACGUCAUGCAUGCUCGGCUGCUUCCGCACACAGCAAAAGACCCGCGAGGAGUUCUUAACUCUCAUUAAGGGUCGCUGA